GAUUUAGGUACAUCUAAGCUUUUAACAACCAUUUUUCCAAAUUCUAUAAAUUUGCUUCCACACCAUCAUACAUAUUCAUCAACAAAAACAUGUCUUUACGAGCUCGACCACCCACUACCACAGUCGCCGGCGCCCCUGAGGACGCCAACACCGCUCCAGAACCGCCACCGCCCCGUCCACAACUGCCAUCAGCACUCUCCCAGACCCUAGCCAGCACAGCCAACCUAGCCAAACUACUCCCAACAGGCACCCUCUUGGUCUUCCAAGUCCUCACACCAAUCUUCACCAACAACGGCUCAUGCGACGCCACCACCCGGUCUUUAACCGCGGUCCUGCUCGUCCUCUUGGCCGUCUCGUGCUUCCUCACCUGCUUUACCGACAGCUUUAAAUCGGAUGAUGGUCAGCUUUAUUACGGGUUCGCAACUUUUCAAGGGAUGUGGCUCUUUGACUAUAAUGAUCCAAAAAAUGUGCCUGACUUGAGAAAGUACCGGUUGCGGUUCAUUGAUUUCGUACACGCGGUGCUUUCAGUUUUGGUUUUUAGUGCGGUCGCGUUGCGUGAUCGGAACGUGGUGAGCUGCUUUUACCCGAGCCCUGGGCAGGAAGCUCAGGAGGUUCUCGACAUUGUUCCGAUCGGGGCGGGGAUCAUUUCGAGUGCAUUGUUUGUUGCUUUUCCGACUAGAAGGCAUGGGAUCGGUUAUCCUGUUACUCCAGAUCUUGAUGUUAAUUGAAAUGUAAUAUUUGUAUAUGCGAAUAUAAUUAUUUUGGAGAUCC